AUGAGUGGCCUCGGGGACAGCUCAACGGACCCUGCCAACCCCGACUCUCGGAAGAGGAAAGGCUCGCCCUGCGAUACAGCCCAGAGCAAUGAAAAGCGACGACGGGAACAGGAGAACAAGUAUUUAGAGGAGCUGGCGGAGCUGCUGUCUGCAAACAUCGGGGACAUCGACACUCUGAGCGUCAAACCCGACAAAUGCAAGAUCCUAAAAAAGACGGUUGAUCAGAUCCAGCAGAUGAAGAGGUUGGAGCAAGAGAAAACGGCUGAUGAUGAAGUCCAAAAGUCCGACAUCUCAUCCAGCAGCCAAGGGGUGAUUGAGAAGGAGUCUCUGGGACCUCUUCUUCUGGAGGCGUUGGACGGCUUCUUCUUCGUUGUGAACCGCGAAGGGAGGAUCGUCUUCGUCUCCGAGAACGUGACCAGCUACCUGGGUUAUAACCAGGAGGAGCUCAUGAACACCAGUGUCUACAGCAUCCUGCACGUGGGGGAUCACGCCGAGUUCGUCAAGAACUUGUUGCCGAAGUCUCUCGUAAAUGGAGUUCCUUGGCCUCAAGAAGUGACCAGGCGCAACAGCCAUACCUUCAGCUGCAGGAUGCUGAUCCGGCCGCCCGACGAGCCGGGAGCGGAGAACCAGGAGGCUCGGCAGCGCUAUGAGGUGAUGCAGUGCUUCACCGUCUCCCAGCCCAAGUCCUUCAAGGAGGAAGGAGAAGAUUUCCAGUCGUGUCUGAUAUGCAUUGCGAGACGAUUACCUCGACCGGCAGCCGUCGCCCCUUCCGAAUCCUUCGUGACCAAGCAAGACACCACAGGUAAAAUCAUCUCCAUUGACACCAGUUCCCUGAGAGCCGCCGGCAGGACGGGCUGGGAGGAUCUGGUGCGGAAAUGCAUCUACGCUUUCUUCCAGCCUCAGGGCAGAGAGCCGUCUUACGCCAAACAGCUCUUUCAAGAAGUGAUGACACGCGGCACGGCCUUCAGCCCCUCGUACCGCUUCACCCUGAGCGACGGGACGGUGCUUAGCGCCCACACCAAGUGUAAGCUCUGCUACCCCUCCAGCCCGGAGAUGCAGCCCUUCAUCAUGGGCAUCCACGUCAUCGACAGGGAUCACGGCAUGCUCUCACCCCAGGAGAACACUAACUCCGCCAUGUCCCUUCCCCGGGUCAGCCCCUCGCUGAACCCCAGCAUCUCCCCGGGGCAAGGCAUGACCUUGCCGCCCUCCAUCCCUCCCUCCAACGGCAGCAUGUUGGCCACCAACGUGAACCAGCAGCCCGGCGCCGGCCUCCACAACAGCACCUCCAGCACCACCCCAUUGAACCUCAAUAGUUCCCCCAUGAAUAGUCCAGGGAUUACCCCACCACAGUUCAUGUCUCCGAGGCAUCGGGUCAGCCCAGGGCUGGUGCCCAGACCCCGAGUUCCCAGCAAUCCCUUCUCGCCCACCAUGCCCACCAUGCACUCACCAGUUGGCAUGGCCAACAGCGCCGGCGGGGGCGGCACUGGUGGCACCAGACCCUUUCCCAGCGCCCCCAUGAACUCUAUGCAGGGGCUGACCGAAGGUCCCAGCACGCCGGUGGGCUACUCCACGCCACCCCCCGUGCUGAGACAGCUCAGCUCCCAGAGCUCGCCCGGCCGCCUCGCCAUGCAACCCAUGAAAGCAGAGUCCAAGGACAGCAAAGAGAUCGCCUCCAUCCUGAGCGAGAUGAUCCAGUCGGACGGUGGUUCGGGGGAUGGCAAACCGCUGGACUCGGGCAUGCUGCACGCUGGUGACCGGCUCUCGGAGGGGGACAGCAAGUGCUCCCAAGCCACCAGCCACAAGCUGGUCCAGCUCCUGGCCACCACGGCGGAGCAGCAGCUUCGGCACGCCGAUGCGGACACGAGCUGCAAAGAUUCGUUAGCCUGCGCGGGCACCGCUGGCACCUUGGCCUCCGGCAACCCUCCCAGCAGCACCUGCCCUUCUUCCCAUAGCUCGCUGACCGAGCGGCACAAGAUUUUGCAUAGACUCCUUCAGGAGGGCAGUCCUUCUGAUAUUACCACCCUGGCCAUGGAGCACGAGAAGAAGGAGAAUGCCCCGAACCCCGCCACCACCCCCACGGCUCAGAGCCAACUGCCGGGAACCCCGGACAUCAAACUGGAGCCAGACGCGCUGAAGAAAAAAGAUGUCAAGGAUCACCAGCUCCUGCGCUAUCUGCUGGACAAGGAUGAGAAGGAGCUUGCUGCGGCCCCGGCGCUGAGCCUGGACGACGUGAAGGUGAAGGUGGAGAAGACGGAGCAGAUGGAGCCCUGUAACACGGCCCCGGUGCCGCUCGCCAAACCUCCUGCCGCGGAGGAGGUCAAGCUGGAGACGCAGGGCCAGUUCGCUGCCGAACUGGAGCAACUGGACCAGCUCCUGCCCUCGCUGGAGAAGGCGGCUCAGCUGCCCGGUUUGUGCGGACCGGAGAGAAGCGAGAGCGGCGUGGCCGGUGUCACCGUCAAACCGGAGAUGUUGGCAGCCCCCCUGCAACCCAGCACCGCUGCCAGAGCCCCCGCGGGACUCAACCCGAUGAACAGCGGGCAGGGUGUGCAGGCUGGUCGGACCCCCUUUGAGUUCUGCGACCCGCUGGAACCAGCGCAGCUGAGGCCGGUUCCUUGUCCUGCGAGCAACGGCAGCAGCCCGCACGCCCGGGGGCCGUCCCAGCAGGGCAGGGGCACGGUGACCGCACCAAACCCCUUCCCACCCGACACAGGUAUGUACGGCCGCGGGCAUCCGCUCCUCUCCACCUUCUCCAGGUUACGCUAAGGCUUUCCAGGGAGUCCCACGGGAGAAAAGGGGAUGGGAGCACAGNNCCCCUGGACGGAUAAUAGCAUGGCAGCCAUGAAUCGAGGGGCGCUGAAUAAACCCGAAGACCAGUGCAUCACCUCGCAGCUGGACGAGCUCCUGUGUCCUCCCACCACGCCGGAGGGUCGGAACGACGAGAAAGCGCUGCUCGAGCAGCUCGUCUCCUUCCUCAGCGGCAAAGACGAGACAGAGCUGGCCGAGCUGGAUCGAGCUCUUGGGAUCGACAAACUGGUCCAGGCGGGGGGGCGGGAACCCCUGACGAAGCGGUCCCAGCCCCAACAAGCCACCCCACCGCUGAUGAUGGAGCAGAAACCCGGCAUGUACCCUCAGCCUUACUCCUCCGCCUCUCCCACCACCAACCUCCCCGGCGCCUUCCCCGGCAUGGUCAGGCAGAAGCCAUCCUUCGGACCCAUGCCGGUGCAGGUACCGCCGCCCCGCGGCGCCUUCCCCACCAACAUGGCCAUGCAACCCCGGCAGACGCUCAACAGACCCCCGACGGCCCCCAACCAGUUGCGACUUCAGCUGCAGCAGCGGCUGCAGGGGCAGCAGCAGCUGAUCCAUCAAAACCGGCAAGCGAUCCUCAACCAGUUUGCGGCCAAUUCCCCGGUGGGCAUCAACAUGCGGGCGGGGAUGCAGCAGCAGAUCACGCCGCAGCCUCCCCUCAACGCCCAGAUGCUGGCCCAGCGUCAGCGCGAGCUCUACAGCCAGCAGCACCGGCAGCGGCAGCUCAUGCAGCAGCGAGCCAUCCUGAUGAGACAGCAAAGCUUCGGAAACAACCUCCCUCCCUCCGCCGGGCUCCCGGUACAGAUCGGAGCCGCUCGUUUGCCCCAAGCACCCCCCCAGCAGUUCCCUUACCCCCCAAACUACGGUACGACCCCGGGAAACCCUCCCACCUCCACCAGUCCCUUCUCACCGUUGGCGUCCAACCCCGAGGCCGCGCUGGCGAACCGCAGCAGCAUGGUGAACCGGGGGAUGAUGGGCGGCGUCGGAGGGCAGUUUGGCGCCGGGAUGACGCCGCAGAUGCAGCAGAACAUCUUUCAGUAUUCAGGAUCGGGCAUGGGUCAGCAAAACGAACCCGCCUUUGCCCCAUCGCUCAGUCCCAGCAGCCCCUUGAUGUCACCCCAGCUCCCGCCUUCGCAAAGCCCCAUGCUGCAGCCGGCGCCGCCGACACCGGGCUACCAGUCGCCCGACAUGAAGACCUGGCAGCAAGGAGCCAUGGGGAACAGCAACGUAUUCAGCCAAGCGGGGCAGAGCCAGCCGGCGCCUUCUCAGCAGGGCAUGUACAACAACAUGAGCAUCACCGUCUCCAUGGCGGGAGGAAACACCAACGUCCAGAACAUGAACCCCAUGGCCGGCCAGAUGCAGAUGAACUCGCUGCAGAUGCCCGGGAUGAACUCCAUGUGCUCGGAGCAGGUAAAUGACCCGGCGCUGAGACCCGCGGGCCUUUACUGCAACCAGCUUUCCUCCACUGACCUUUUGAAAACAGAAGCAGAUGGGGCGCAGGUCAGUAAGAAACUGCUAAGCACAUCUCAGUGGGGUUUUGUCACACAGUUCAGCGCAAAUAUAAUCGUGGACAAACCGGCUGCACUGGCGCGGGAGGAAAAAGCAAUCCGGCGUGGCUCCGCAGCCACGGAUAGAGGGGUGGAGGUGGGAGAGGCGCCGGGAACGUGGCUGUGCUGGCAGAACCGGCACCAAAUCCAUAGGGAGGACCAGAGCCACCGGACGGCUGUGUCUGCAGCCAGGGCCCACUUGCGGAGCUCAGGCAUGGAGAAGGAAGCCGUUGGGAUGGACAGACAGGCGGACGGGGAGGCUCAAAGGGCUGCCCAAGGGAAAGGUCACCCCUAA